AUGUCUGAUUCCUCAGCAUGGAAAACAUGGGCAACAUGGACAGACGCUGAUUUGCAACGCAAAGCAAAGGCCACCAAAUCUGGUGAUAAAAAAGAUUAUGAAGACAAACUCGUCGCACAAGCUAUACUAAAAGGAGAGGCAGAAUGGACGUACGAGGAUUUGCAUUGCAAAUCAGGCGCUGGUAGAUUUCAAUAUGCAGAUUAUGAUGACAGAGACGCCGCAAGAGCUAUAUUAAGGAAGAAGCAACAAUAUGCUCUCAAUAAGCCGCUGGAUUUUGAAAAGUUAUCAUUGCAAGAUACAAAGACUUCAGAACGUGGUGAUGGCGGAAGGUCCAGACCUCGUGAAGAAAAGUCUCAAGUACCCAGCUCCAGCAAGCCUGGGCCCAGCAAGUCUGUACCCAGCAAGCCAGUGCCCAGUGGUGAGCGCAGACGCAGCCCGACUCGAAAGAGCACUGUCAAUGAACCCAAAAAACAUACAAGUAGCGUGGAAGGCCGAAAUGCUCCUACGGAUCAAGUCUUACCACGAAAGCGCGAGCACAGUGUUCCUUCACAACUGAAUCACCCAUCAAAAAGAAGCGCCGUUAGCACAAGCACAAAUAUUGCCGGAACACAACCAAAAGAUGGGGGAAGCAACAGCGGCACUGGAGGACACACACAGUCAUCAAACAGACCUGCCAACGCAACUAAUAGCAAAGCUUACGUAUACGAAACAAACAGAGACGGGAAAUUCAUUUGCAAAGAGUGUGAUAAGGCGGGUCCCUGGACUCGCAAAUACGAGUAUGAGCGACAUUUCGACGGCAACCAUGCGGGCAAGCCUCCAAUUAAGUGUGCAAUUGGGAAGUGCUCGAGUACAGAAAUUACAUUCUCACGUUCGGAUGUGCACCGAAGGCAUUUGAGAACGAUUCAUCCCGAUACCGUGGAAGGAAAAACAGCAGAGGCCGUUUAUCAGAAAUCGAAAAAGCCAUAG